AUGGCCGCGCGCAACGGCACCGCCGUUCUAUGCAGGGCUCUCCGCACCCAGUACACAAUGCACACCCCACAUGCAGCUUCGCGCUUCUACUCGGGGUCACCAGAUGCUGAGAAGAGGCCGUCGAUAGUGGCAAACUUUUACAAGACCUUUACCCGGCCCGUACUCAAGGUCCUUCUGAUGGCGACCCUGACGUAUCAGAUCGCUUACUGGAGCUGGACGAAGCUCGAGCAGGACGAGAUCCGCGAGGAGAAGGGGCGAGAAAUCGAGGGCCUCGAGGCCAAGAUCGCGGAGCUGCAGGCCGGCACCAAGGGGACGCAGGCGUAG